AUGAAAUCUCUUUUAAGUCCUCGACCAUUAACAUCUUUGAGGCCAAAACCAUUAAAUUCCGUUGAAAUUGUUCAACAUGAUAUUGAAUUAGAGAGAGAAUCGCUUGCUUUUCCAGAAGAUCCAAUUGCAUACUUUUCAAAAUGCAAAGAUGGAACUGGCCAUCGCUUUAUUUACUUAAAUUACACAUACAAAAGGGACGAUCCUCAAUUUAAUCCAUAUUCUCUCUCUAAAGUACCAUAUGCUGAAAUAGAUCCCGAGUAUUUUACCAUGUCCGCUAACGGUGUUACUAGAAUUCAGCCAGAUGGCGACACAGAACAUGUUUCAUUGGAUUUAUGGGCAAAAGAAUCUUCAAUUUUCUUAUCCAUUCGCAAAUUACAGAUGUUUUCUAAGUAUUACUACUGGAAACCAUUCAAAAUUUGGCGUAAUUUCGUUAUGAAACAGAGAUUUGAAACUCUUCGAACUUCAAUCACUCAAUACCCGAUGUUUCACAAUCCACGGUUCUUUGCAUCGACUGUACAAAUCCUUAGAACUACAUGUAACACAAUAAUUAAUAAAUAUCUCUUACCUUUCAUCCAAGAAAAGAAAUAUAACUUAGACAGCUUCAUUGAUACGACAGAAAGCAACUUCAAACUCUUACAUAAGGAGUAUCUACAGUUUAUAGCCGAUAUUGCUAAGGAAAUUGUCGCUGUUGACAAAUCCGUUCGAGAUCCUCAACGGUUAGUGGUCAACGAGUCGAAAUUUCCAGAGAUCAAGCGUAAGAAUCCCAAUAUCGAGCAGUUGAAGAUCCUUGAAGUCAAAAUUAACCAAGAAAAAAUAAAUUUGACGAGAAUGGUAGACGAAGAGAUCCAAAACCUGGCCAAUUUCAUUCUCCAGACGGACUACAUACUCCUAGAAUACCUUGCGAAGAGCUGUAUGGUCUGUUGGAAGAAUGCCAAAAAUAAUAUUCGAGCAGAUGCAGCAUCCAUCUUCCAAAUCGAAGUAUCACUCGCAGACAAUGGAGAUAUAGCGUUUUCUCCCAACCUUGACGAGCUUAUUUCCACAGUUCGUGAUACUUUGGAUGAUUCAAUUGAUAUCGUCAACAAACUUCCAAGAUUAGUGCUUUACGAGUCAUUAGUUCCUUUCCUACAAGAGAGAUACAAGAAACUACAGAACGUUAUCAACUCUGGACCCACUUUUCUAACCGUAAUUAGAGAUACGAAAUGUUUUCAAGAGAUAAAACAAGAUAUCCUUGAUUAUUUGACAAAUGUUUAUAAAGACGCUGAACAGCAUUGUCAAUUGUUCAAGGAUUACUUCUCAAUUGCAGAAAUGGGAAGAACUUGGAAACCAGAAAAUUACGGUUAUAAAAGAGGGGGAAAAUCCGUUGACUUCACUUUUAAAGAUCUCAGUGGUUCCAUUCAUUUCGAUCCCUCCAAACAGAUAAUUGUUGAUUUUUCAACAGUUAGACAUGACAUCGAGCAAUUUAAACGUGAUGAACAAAGGAUGAACCAAUUUCCAUCAUGUAUUGUUCGUGGACCAUUAUUUGUUGACUCAAAGAACUUAAGGAAUUUACUGAGUCCUAUUCCAUCACGAUCUUUGAAACAAGCACAUUCAUAUCUUGACAAAAUGAUGCAAGAAAAGAUCGAGUAUUUAACGAACAUCUUCCAUUAUUGUUCGAAACACAUCAAGAAAGAACCUCCUUCUUUAGAACAAUAUGUAGAAUUUUGUAAAUUUAAUGAAUCUGUUUCGGAAAUGUCUCCUUAUUUGACACAAGAGAUUUCUUUUGUUGAUAAUUUGUUUAGUUUAUUCGAAACUGCUGGUUUCCAACCAUCAGGAGACAUUGAUUUGAGUAAGAACCCAUUACACGAUGAGUUUAGAAGAUUCAAAGCAGAUCAAGGCGCAGGAGCAAUGAUGAAAGAAUUACAUGAAGACAAAUUCACGAAGAUUUUGCAAUCAAGGGUUUUGGCAUGCAAUAAUAAACUCAGUGAUUAUAUGGAUGAAAUACUACAAUUCCCACAAACAAUUGAUGAAUGUGAUACUCCGAAAAGUGUUAAACAAAGUUCUCAAAUCGUAUUACAAAUUGAGAAUUUACAUAAUGAAGUUGUUUUAUUGGCACAUUGUCAACAAGUUCUUGGCAUUAAAUUUAAUAAUUUGAUAUCAUAUGAUACUGUUUUGGAUAUGGGUAAAUUCAUGUCGAAAUUGUAUAAAAUCAUUGAUUCAUGGAAAGAAUUGAAUUUGAUGAUACAAUCUUCUCCUUUUGUUUCUAUGGAUAUCGAAAGAUUUUGCACGGAUUUGGAGAAAUUAAAUACAGAAGCAACAGAGCUUUCUAAGAAUGCAACACAGGAAAAUCCUUUAUUAAUUGAAGUCAUAAAUAACUUGAAUAAGAUUGUUCCUUUCAUUCCUCAAUUGAGAAUGUUAUUCACAGGAAAAAUGGAAGGCCAACAUUGGAUAGAAUUGUUUGAUGAAUGCGGACAACCAGGAAAAUACACUCCUGAAAUUAAAAUCAUUGAUUUGCUGCAGUUGAACAUUUUGUCUGAAAAAGAAAAGAUUGAAAAAAUUACUUCUACUUCUAAAGGUGAAUCAGCCCUAAUUGAAGAGUUUAAGAAGAUCUCUGCUCAUUGGGAAGAAGUUCAAUUACCUUUGAGAGAUGGACAACAAAAAGCAGAUGAUUCGCUGUUGUUAGGUGAUUUGAAUCCUUUGUUCAAAGAAAUAAAGAGUUCACAAGAUGAGCUACAAAAGAUGUUGCAAAUUCCUUUCGUUCACGUUGUAAAGAAGGAAUUAAUGGAGUUGGGAUCGAAUCUACAAAGAUACGCUGAAAUUUUGGAUAUGUGGAGAAGUUUUCAAUCGAAUUGGGUCAUUUUGCAAGCUUUCUUUUCAUUGGAUGGAACAAGCGACAUAUUACCUGAGCAGUCAACAACAUUCGCAAUGGUAAGAAGAAGAUGGAUGUCGCUUGUAAGACAUACUUUGGAAAGAACAACUUUGGUGCACGUGGCAAAAUUCCCGUCACUUUUGGAACAUUUGACAGAAAACAAUCAAGGCCUUGAAAACAUCAUCGGAUCGAUUUCUGCAUACAUUGACCAUAAAAGGAAGAAAUUACUGAGAUUAUUCUUCUUAUCUGACAAUGAAGUCCUUUCUUUGUAUUCAACAACAGAUUUUGAAAAAUUCUGUUCACAUUUGUCAAAAAUUUUCAUGCACAUAACAGGAUUUGAUUCACAGAUGCAGGAAUCAGCUGAUGGCAAACCACAGAAGUUCACGAACACCCAGAACUUCACGAGAUUGAAGAUCAUCGGCUUCAUCGGUGAAAACACAGAAGUUUUGUCAUUGAGACAAAAAAUAAUGUGCACUUUGACAGUUGAAGAUUGGGUUUCCCAUUUGAUGGAAUCGAUGAAAUACUCCGUGAAAUACUUUUUCACAGAGGGAUACAAGACUUACACAACUAUGCCAUUGACUGAUUGGACAAUGACAAUUACUUCUUAUAUUUCUGCUUUAGUUUUGUAUACAACAUUCACAAGAGAAAUUGAAGAAUGUUUUGCUAAUGUAGAAAACAAUGCAAAAGCGUUUUCUAACUACGAAUCAUUGCUUAAUCAAAGGUUGAGUGAUUUAACUAACUACACACACUCUCCUUUGGCACAGAGCGAGCUCUCGAAGAUCUCUGUCAUCAUCACAAUUCUUCAACAACAAAUUGCGUUGACAAGAGAAUUUUCAGAGCGAAUUCCUCAGUUUUCUCAAAAAAUCGCAUGGCGACAACACUUGAAAUUGAGAUACGACGUGCAAUCACAGAAGAUAAUGACUGAAAUGGAUGAUUUCACUAUUGAACACGGUUACGAAUUCUGGGGAACAUUCAGACCAUUGAUUUAUUCUUCUUCAAGUCAAAAAGCCGUUUCUGCUUUAGUUCGAAAUUCCAUUUCUGGUUAUUUACCAUAUUUAUUCGGCGCACCACAAACAGGAAAACACCAGCUGUUGAGCUCUGUUGCAGCUCUUUUCGGACAGUUUGUUUUCACUGUUCCAGGAUUUACAGCUCAAACAUAUUGUGAUUUGAGUCAAAUCUUCAUAGGAGCAGCGAUUACAGGUCAUUGGGUUGUAUUUAAUGAUGUACAGCAUCAUUCUUUGCAAACAUUGACUAAUUUGUUCGAAAAGUUCAGGUAUUUCCAGUCUGAAAUGCAAGGAAUCAACACCAAAAUCGUUUUGAACGAUGUUGAAUGGAAUUUCAACAAAGGAUGUCGUUUCUUUUUGGUCGGAUCCGAUGAACCACUUAAAAACGAGAAAAUCUUUCCAUCUCAAUUGUUGUCAAUCUUGAAACCAGUCGCAAUGAUGAAACCACAAACGAAAGAUUUAACAGAAAUAAAGCUUUCAGCCAGUGGUUUCAUGUCCACUAAAUACAUCGCACAGAAGUUAGUAAUGCUUAUAGAAACAGUUACUACUUUAUACAAUUAUGUCGAAAACAAAUACAUUGUUUCCAUAAUUUCGAGUAUAAUUGAUUCAGGAACAACAUUUUUGAGGCAUAUAAUGCAUUCCAAAUCUAUACUUUUCUUGCAUUAUUAUGAAUCAGCGAGAUCAUGUGAAGAAUUCUGUAUAGCAAGAGCUUGUUACACUUAUUACAAAUAUCAUCUUAAAACAGAUGAUUUGAACGGUUUAAUUCAACUUUUAUAUUCUCAUUUUAUGUUGUUUGACGGUUUUGACAAUUUCAAACAAAAUCUGACAGCCGAGAAAUACUUCCAAGAAUACCAAGAAGAAUUAGCAAUCAAGUAUUAUUUCGCAAACAUUUCAACCACAAAAUUAUCUGCAAAAGUCAAAGAAUAUUUAGUUGAAAAAGUUAUUGAUUUACAUCGUUUUCUCAAGGUUUACAACGUUGUAAUCAUAAAUGGAUCACCUUACAGCGGUAAAUCAUCUCUUAUCACGUUACUCAAAGAACUCUAUGAGUACGAAAAUCCUGACUUUCAAUCAAAAGUGCCAACCCGUUUGCCAAUCAACAAAACUGACAUUUAUUUCGGAUCUGACAAAUGGUUGAGGAUAUCAGGCACGAAAGAAAACAAAUGGAAGUUUGGAGAACUACAUUCUGUCUUGUACAAUUUGCAGAAAUCAGAGACACUGCAAAUCGUGAAAUUUGAUGGUCCUAUUUCACCUGAAUUUUCUGAUUUCAUUUCAAGUUUGUAUUAUGGUGGUACAUUGAUGUUGAAUUCUUUCGACAGAUACAAAUCCGAUGAAGGAAUGAAGGUUAUUGUCGAAACAAAUGAUUUGUCAUUCUUGAAACCAGAUGCAAUAGGAAGAGUAGGUAUUUUGAAUCUCAAUGAUAUCCAUGUUGAACAAAACACUCAAAUAUUACAAGCGAAACAAUGCUCAAUUUUGUAUCCUGAAAUAAUAUUUGAUGAAGGUUCUAAAAAUUCAAAUUUACAAAAAGAAGUUUUGUCAAAUUUGAAAGAUUUAUUUGUCCAAAUUGCUCCACAAGUUGUUGAUUAUAUCUAUCAUACAAAGAACUGUAUAUAUUACAGUGAAAGCCUCAAAAUGGUCAAAGACGGAAACGUUUACAUUUCACAUCACUUACCAUUAGAAGUUGUCAAAUUAUGUUUGAGUUAUUUAGAAACUUCUGAUUGCGAUUGCCAUGAUAGCAACAACUUGAAGAUUGUCAUGGUUCACUCCUUCUUCAUCAUAUAUAAGAAUAUCAUUGAUGUUGAACAGAUAAACUUAUUUGAUACAUGGAUAAGAUCAACUUACAUCAUAGAAAUUCCACCUGAUUGGGUCAAUUUUUCUGUUCCUGACACUUUUUGGGACAUUUAUUCAAGGCCAAGUUUGUUAUCAAUGAGAUUAUACAAAGGAAAAUUGAUACCGUUGGAUUAUAGUCCAUUACAAGGUAAGCCAAUCAUUAAUUCAUCACAAGGAUAUACAUUGGCUUCUGAUGUUUCUGUUUGUUCGCCACAAUUUUUGCCUGCUUUAUUCCAUUCAAGAAUCGCUAUGAGAAAAAGUGACAAUUUAAUAAUUCAUGGUGAAAGAUUAUGUGGAAAAAGUACUUUAUUGAAGUUCAUGUUCCUUAACACUGAUAUUAUUCCUAUCUAUAUCCCUGUAACGAAGACUUCAACACGAAGUUCAAUUUGUAACUUCAUCCAAUUCCACACAAAAAUAAUCGCAAAAGAUUAUGUGAUGGAAUUCGAUCGAAAGAAGUAUUGUUUGAUAUUCGAUAAUGUUUGUCCUGAUAACAAGGAAACAUGUGAAUUCAUUAGAGCUAUCACGAAAACAUCAAAAAUCCCUGAUAUCCAUCAAAACGAUUUCAAGAAAUUUGAUUACAAUAUCAUAAAAAGCUGCCAAGUUAUCGUCAUCACUUCAUCUCUCCAAGGCUUUGAUGUUCGCUUCCUUUCAAGGUUUGUUCCUAUCUUAGUUCCUCCUCCAACAUACAAAUCCAUCAAAUACAUCUAUGAUACAAUUGGAAAAGCUGUUGGAAUUUCUGCCAAAAUUUUACAACCUCUCUGUGAUUUGUUCGAAGUUUUGUAUAACCAGAACAAAAUAAACUUCCAUUUCUCUAAACUAAUCGAAAUACUAUCAAUUAUUGAUUGUAGAAAUGCUAAAACAGAGCAAAACAUGACAACAUGCAUCAAAACAAUUUUGGCAGAAUUAAAUUUCCUUUCUAUUUACAGACAACCAGAAACAGUCAUGGAAUUAUUGAAGAAAUCAUUCAACGACAUCUUCUUCUUAGAACAACAACGUCAGAUCUUUGACAUUGUCUUCAAUUCCGGUGACAUGUAUUAUUCGGAAAUUUCACAAUCUGAGAACAAUCAACUGAGUGUUUUAUUUAACAAACACCAAUUAAAAGGUCUGACUAACAUGUUGACCGAAGUUUGUUCGAAUUUACAACCUCCUCUUCCUUUCACAUUGCGAUUGAACUCAAUUAUCAUUUGGAGUCAUUUGCAACGAGCAAUUUCAUAUCCAACAGGAAAUUGUUUGUUAAUUGCUCCACCAGGAAGUGGAAGAUAUCAUUUGACAAGAUUUGCAGCUUUCCAGAAAUCAUAUUCAUUCUUUGUCUUAGAUAAAGCGAAAACACCUCUGCUGAAAUCAUCUGGUUUAUGCUCAUUGAUUGAUGAUGUUUUACUUUCAAUAUUAGGAGGCCAUUCCGUUGUUUUAUUUGUUCGAGGAUAUACACAAAACGAACUUAAAUUAUUGAACAUUAACACAAUGUUUGAGAUCUUUGAUAAUUCACAUUUAGAAGACAUUUAUCAGCACUUUAAUACACAUCGACAAAACAUUCAUGCAACAAAAUAUGAUACAUAUAAUUAUGCAUUCGAAAUGAUCCGUAACAAAAUCCAUUUUGUUAUUGCCGUUGACAAAGAUUUCGAUAUUUCAGAAUAUCCAGAUUAUUAUGUCAUUGACUUCUACAAACUUAAUUCCGAUUACAUGCAACGAGUUGCAAACAAUGUUAUCAAAGAACAUGAAUUUAAACCUCUUUCCGAAACAGCUCCUACAAACAUUGGAAAAGUUUUGUUGCAAAUCCAUGAAGAAAUUCAAAGUAAAUUUGAAUUUGUUACACAAAACAUAUUCAAUGAUUUUGCUUCUACAUUUGUCACAAUGUCUCGACAAUCAUUUGAUGAAAUCAACAAGCGAUCUAAAGAUCUUGAAAACGCUAUUAAUUUCAUCAAAGAUUUAACUACUAAAAGCAAAGAAACCGAACAUCGAUUGAACGAGAUCACACCAUUAAUUGAACAACUUAAUGGUAAUGCCGAUAACAACAGCCAAUACGCAUCCAAAAUGGACGAAAAGCGCUCUAUUUUGUCUAGUUUAGAUGAAAAGGAACGAAUCAAAACAGCCGAAUGUAAACAAUUAAAUGAAAUGAUCAUCAUAAACAAAGAACAGAUGACCGUUCAUUUAUCCGAUUACACGCAGAAACUUCAAUUGUUGAAUGAGAUCCAACCAUCGGAGUUACAAGAAUUCCGACAAGUAACAUCGCGACAAAAUAAUCCAGUCAUGAUUUCAACAAUUAAUUUGUUGUGUUCUCUUCUCAAUCAAAGUCCUAAUUUCGAAACUAAUAGAAGGAAACUGAUCAAUGAUGAGAGCCUGCCAACAACUUUAAGAAUAUCUAUUGAUCCAAACAAUAUCAGUGAAGAAUCAAUGAAUAACGCUGAACAAUACUUUAAUGAAGUCAGUUUGAAUUCCGAACAAAACGUCACACAAAUUUCACCCGUUUUAGGCAAAUUAUUUUCAUAUGCAGUUUCAGUUUAUAACCUUGCGUUGAGUAACAGCAAAGUUAAACAACAAGAAACAGAGUAUAACGAGAAAUCUAAAGAUUUAGCACAAUUCAUCGAAUCAUCACAUUCAGAGAAGAAAUCAAUUGAAGAAGAAAUGUCACGAAUCGAUGAAGAAGCUAAAUCAUUCCAAUCAGCCGUUGAAAUGCGAGAUCAACUUGAAAAAGAGCUUGCGACAUUAGAGAACAAGAAACAAGCUAUCGAUACUAUGCUUAAAGGCUUAGAUUUAAUGAAUGACGAAUGGAUGGAAGAAGGUCAAAAAGUAUCGACACAACGAUUGUUGUUGAUUGGCGACACAAUUCUUUUUUCUGCUUACAUUGUUUACUUCGGCUUCAUGAAACAAGAAGAACGAGAAGAGAAUCUUGUUCAUGUAUUAGAAAUCAUUCGUAAUUCUAAGAUCCAAGUCAAUUUGGAACCACAUGGUUUGAUUGAAAGUAAACUGAAAGAUGUUGUUGAUUACAUUCAUUUAACUAAACAAGAAUUCCAACCAUUGGACAGUGCUAAUGACUUAUCACAUAUCAUGCUCACUCCUAAACCUCCUCUGAUCAUCGAUCCAGAUGACAUGAUGUUCAAUCUGCUUAAGGAAGCUCUUCCAAAACAAAAAUACCGAAUUGUUUCAAUGUUAAGUGAAAGUUUUUGUGAAAUAUUGAAUGAAAGUAUGCAUAAAGGCUUUACAUUGAUUAUCAGAGAUGUUAAUCGAAUAUCUCCAGAACUCAGAUCCGUUUUACCAUAUUUAACUCGAAGGAAAGACAUGAUCCAGAUUUCAUUGAAUGGUGAAUUAUCUAAAUUGUCACCAAAUUUCAAAGCAAUUCUUUUUACAAGUGAAAUCACAGAAGUUAAACAAAUUCCAACAGAUUUAUUCUGUCACACAACAGUUGUUGAUGUCAGUGAUUCUACACUCAAAAGCUCAGAAACGAUGUUUGGAUGGCGAUUAGUUAAUUAUUUCGAUACAGAAUUAGUUCCAAGAAUGUUAUCAAUGACACAUGCCGAACUUCAAAACAAAUCGGAAGUCAAGAAGUUCGAAGAAGAAACAUUACAUGCUAUUGAUGAAAUUGUUGAACGAACUAUGAAAGAAGAAGACUUCGAUUUCCUUUCCGAUGGAAAAGUUUCAUCGGACUUAAUGCGCUCCAAAGAAUGUUAUUUCGCAGCAACAAACUUCACAAGUGACACAUCAGCAAUUAAUAAUGAAGUUGACAUGACAACAGAAUCAUUUCGAACACACAUUAAAGUUCUUUCUAGUUUGUGGACCGCAUUAUCACGAUACAUGCCACGUGUUUGUAAAACACACUUUUAUUCAUUGCAAACAUUCCUUAAAUCUAUCGAACUUGGUUUGCAAUCAUCAGGCUUCACAUCAGGCAUUCUUACACAACCACAAUUACAAACAUUGAAAACAUCAUUGAUCCGUUUCAUUUUCAAGACAUAUUUGCCAACAAUGACCGUUUCAGAUUCCUUCUUUUACAUGUUCAUCAGUGGUUAUUUGAUCUCCGAGAAAGAACACAAAGUUCAAAUGAAAGACUUAGAUAUUAUCAUUGACCACAUUGUUGACGAAAACUUUAACAAAGUUGAUCUUCGUAAAUUUGAAACACAGAAAGGAGAUCCAAUUGACCAAUUAAAGUUCUCUAACAUCACAAACAUAUUUCGAUUCAUUGACAAGUUUAUUUGUGAUGUCUUUGGUGACGAUUAUUCUUCAUUGUUCCCAUCAUUCUCAGUUGAAUCAUUCACCGAAGACAAAAACAUCAUUUUACAAUGCGAACAUUUCAGUGAUCCCACCGUUUUACUUGAGAAUUUUGUUACAUUACGUGGUAAAAAGUCAUUUUUCAGUGUUUCAUUGAACGAAAACAGUCUUGAACAAAGCAAGAAGAUCUGUGAUAUUGCAAUGGAAAAAGGCGGUUUAAUUGCUAUUCAUUACAUGAAUUCAUCACCAAAUUGUGGCACAUUCAUUUCAUCAUUAUCAGAUAAAUUCAAUGAACAGAAGAAUUUCCACAUCAUUUUGAUUUGUUCUGAUUCAUCAUAUAUUCCACGAGAUUUCGUUCUUCAGUCAUCUGUUUAUUCAUAUGAUGACUUUCCUCUGAUCAAAGUCCAGAUGAAUCAAUUGUACCAACACGUCGUCAGUUCUAUCGAAUUACCAACUAAACUUUCUAAGAAGAUCACAUACGGAACAUGUUUAGCUUAUUCAUUGAUCAAAUUCUCGAACUUUUUAUCUCCUAUUGGCAUUUCAUCCAAGUUAUUCAUGACAGAAGACGACAUCAAAGGUUCAUUGCUUGCUAUGCAUGCAACACAAAAUGACGAAAUCUUUGUUCGAAACUAUCGUGAAUACAUCAAAGAUUCAUUCCUUUCCAGUUCAUGUGUUGAUGAAAACGACCAUCGUAAAUUGAAACAGAUCUUGUUCACUGUUCUUGGUCCCGAUUUACCGGAAGAAUCAUUUAGUUUCGUUGAUUCAUCUAAUCCAAACAAAGACAAAUGGAUUUUGUCAAGUGAUCCAAUUCACAACAUCGAUAAAUUACCGGAUUUCGGCACAUUAGAUCCUCUUCUUAUCGACAACAACAUCGGUCAAACUCUUUUGUGGCUUAACUUCUCAAAGUGGUGUUCUAAACCAUUCUUCUCAUUUUACAAAGGAAAUCCCGAUUUAGAAGAGAAAGAUUAUUUGAAGCGAUUAGAAAUUCUUCGCAAAGACAUUCCAUCCAUCAUCUCAUUGAAUGAUAUCAGGUCAGUUUCAUCACCAUUGACAAUGUUUGUCAUCACCGAAAUUGAGCGAUACAACGAUGUUAUUCGCGAAAUCGAUCUUGACACUAAUCCUCUUCACUUUGACAUUGAAACAGCACAAGCUAUUUGCCAAGGUAAGUGUCCACAUAAAUGGAAAGAAACACUUGGUUAUUAUGGUACAGACUCUCUUCAUAAGAUGACAGCAAUUCUUAACGAACGAAAUAAACUUCUUAGUGAAUGGUUUAACACAGGAAUCAUUCCUAAACAGAUCGACAGUCGAUUGAUCACUAACAUCCGAGGUUUGUUGAAUUCAUAUCGUAAUGAAAUUUCUAUUCAACGAAAUUCUACAACGAACUCACUUAAUUACGAGUUUAAGUUCAUUGACCAUAAAGACAACAAUCCCGGAAUUACAUUCAGUAAUUUCGCAUUAGUUGGUGCAAACUUUGAUUCAGCGAACUCAAAGAUCAUCCCUCCUAACUCUAAAUCAUCUCCUAUUUGUCUUCUUCCACCUGUCACAUGCACUCUUGUUCGUGAAGCUAAAUCAGUCCACACAUUCAACUGUCCUUGCUACAUGCAAUUUCCAUCUCAAGACACUAUCAACAUCAACGGAAACAACUUCGUUUGGUCAGCACUUAUCCAAUCUGAUGUUCCAGACAAAACACUUAUUUCUAGUGGCACAUGCAUUGUUUGUCAACCACAUGAUUUGAUGAUUUAA